CGUCCUUGUCGUCCAUUAUGAUUUCAAAAACGCGAGGGAUAAAAAUUUAUUUCGGGACGGAGAUGCCAAGGACGUGAUACACCUGCAAAUGACCUUUGAAGAGAACCGCAAGUGCAAUUUCCGCAGUCUUUUAUCACCAAAAAGAGAAGUGUUGCUUGAACUUCUCUCUGACAAGGACAGCCUUUUGCGAUUUUUUGGUUCAAAAGAUGUUCCUUCCGUUUUUGUGCUUUACAUUCUCUCCCACGGCCACAGAGAUGGAAAAAUAUACACCGACCACUAUGAGAGUGAGAAUUCGAAAGAAUUUGUUUCUUUCACAACGACCGAUAUUUUCAAUUCUUUGAAAAAUUUGAAGCUAUUUGACGACUGCCUAAAACUCAUCAACUUGGGGGUAAAUUCCAUGAGCAGCAUGGAUUUAACUAGCUCCUCUUGUGAUGCUUCAAAAGUGAAAGUAGAGUCCGAGUUUUUCCCUUGGAAAUCAGACUCAGGAGCAAAUGUGAGACACCGCCGAGCGUUCCUAUUAUUCUUGGAGCCAAAUGAAGCUGUGGAUACAAUUAAAAAAGCCCUCUCAGAAAACCUCAAAUUCGAGAUUAGCGAGAGGAUGCCGGGAGAAUCAUCUCUGGAGCUGUACUGCAAGGAAGUCUCUGAGCUGGAACCUGACGUUGGCUGCGUUUUUACCUUUUUGUUUGGAAAAUUAAGCGAACAUGAAGUUACGAGAGAAGUUUGCUGUCGAUUUGGUGAUGAGGACAUUGCAAUGACUGAUAUCCUGCGUAAUUUUAUCGGCCCAAACAAUGACAAGUGGAUCGGAAAGCCGAAAAUAUUUUUCCUGGUUGAUCAGGAAGCAGCAACGACCGACACACUCUGCUCUAUGAAAAUUUCAUGGCCGAAGAAUUUCGGAGUAACUUCAACAAACCACAGUGGGUGGCUUGUCCUAGUUUUGCACAGCAAAGACACACUUCAAUUGUUGAUCGAAAUCUUCAAAGGCCAAGAGCUGAAGAAAGGAAAAAGUCUGCAAGAACUGGUCGAAAAUCUUUUAAUUUCAGAAUCAAAAGAAGACCGGGCUUUGCUUAACUCGACUUUGCACUUCAAACUCGACUUUCCGGAUUUUCCAAGAUCUUUCCUGAAGCUUCACUUCCUGGUCAAGGGUCUGUCAGAGUUUGAGCGUGAAAUGGUGUUGUCCUUUGACACGAUUAUGGAAAAAGCUUUGAAAGGUAACCGUAUCUGGGUCUUGCGUUCUGUUGCUGGAGCAGGAAAAACGACUGUUCUUAGAGAAAUUGCUUUCCAACUCGGGGCGUUAAAUAGUGAAUUGAAAAUUUUGCGCAUUUCCCUCGCGAGCAUCUCUAACAAACUGAUGACGAAGAGAGGAAUAGGCGAAAUAGAGUUCCUCGCAGGAGCUACGCGCUAUCCAAUCAAUGAAGUCAACAAAUGGAUUCUAAGCAAGAAUUGUGUCGUGUUUUUGGACGGGUUUGACGAGAUCAACUUAAAAUAUCAAGGAAAGAUACUGACGUUGAUCAAAUCUUUGAAACAAAGAUAUACAUCCGUUUGGAUUGGAACGAGACCUCAUGAAGCCAAAGCUAUUGAAGAAGCUGUGGGAAAUGCGGUCUCAGCAGAAAUCAGGCCAUUAAACGAAGAACAACAAAUCGAAUUUUUGCAACUGGAAACCAACAAAAGCAGAGAGCAAUGCCAAACAUUCCUAGACAAUUUUCCGUCGAAGGACAUUCUGCAAAACCCCUUGCACCUCUCAUUGGUCGCUCAGAGCGGAGGCAAAAGCAACUUGUACCAAGUUUACAAGCAGGUUGUGCGGCUUAAGGUUGAAAUGUGUUUGAAAAAUAGAAACGGACUUGACGCAACCCACAACCAGUUCGAAAUUGAGUUUGAUUCUGCAAUGGAACUUCUUGAAAAAAUAGCGUUUGAUUCGAUAAGUUAUCGACCUACCAGUGAGAGAAAAGAGAACCUGGAAAAGGUUAACGGCUAUGGUGUUGCCACCUUUGAAAAUGAUAGGCUCACUUUCAUUCAUCAGACGUUCGCCGAGUUUCUUGCAGCCCAAAAAAUCGUAUACGACAUUGAGGAAAAUGGCGAGUUGAAGUCUGAAGAAGAGCAAAGCUUGUUCCACGAGUACAAUCUUAGUCAGUGUUGGAAGUUUGUCGAUUUGUACUAUUGCACUAUAUUGCGCAGCGAGAAGAAGAUUAAAGUGCAUAGAGAAGCAUUUCUAGAAGUAGCAAGAUUAAAUCCAGAUGGGUUCCUGCAGAAAGUUAUUCAAGAGGGUUUGAGGAACAUUUUCUCCAUGCUGAAACCUUUCAUGACUUAUGAUGAGACAAAAGAUGGUCGUAUUUGCUAUUCGAGGAACUUGAACAGUUUGGAGAGUGCAGUUAAGAGCGUUGACGAAAUCGCAGCUCAUUUGAUUGAAAUGGAUUUAUUCGAAGGUGAAGAUCAGGUGCUUGAAAGUGUACCUGUCUUAGUGGAAACAGCGGCAAAAUACAACGCGAUUCUCUUCUUCCAUAAGCUGAAAGAGAGGUUUCCGAAAUUGCCAUUGAUGAUUGAGUCUAAAAGAUCAGAAACAUCUAUAAUAUUCGCAGCUAGAUACGCAGCUAAGCGAGGACACGAUAAAAUUCUCGAUUUACUUCUUGAAAAUGGCGUUCAAGCAGAAGCAAACGAAGGACAUUACAUUAUGAAUGAAUCCCCUCUUUACGAUUCUUGCAGAGGUGGAUUCAUCAAAUGCGUGAAGAUUCUCUUCAAACAUGGAGCAAGAGAAAUCAGAGAUGGAUCCCCUUUAAUAGUGUCUGCUGAAUUCGGUCAUCUUGAAUUGGUCAAGUUCUUGUUGGAGGAGAAGUUAAGGGAGAGAGCUGAGUUGGAAGAAGAAUGGAGAGCUUACAAAUGUGCUCUAGACAAUGGUCACACAGACGUUGCGAAAUGUUUGCUAGAAAUGUGUCCGAAUUUGAUAGGCUUCAAAAUUCAAUCAGCAGAAAGUCCUCUUCACUUGGCAGCAGUGGGAGAAUAUUGGGAGUUGUGUCAGUGGAUUGUGAACGAAGCAGGCGCCGACGUGAACACGUUGAUUCCGAGUGGAGAUUCCAAAGAUUGGUCAAAGGUUGAAAAUAAGUACGCCGACUUCUUUCUGAUGCUUCAAAAUGAGGUCAACAAAAAAUACGAGAGAGGAAAGACCGCCAUUCACUGCGCAGCGGAAUAUGGUAUUUCGGAACUCGUUCGCAAGUUGAUCAAUUCUGGAGCAAACGUUCAAGAGAAGGAUAAUAGCGGAUGGAACUCCUUUCACUUUGCCUGCAAAAACCCGAGAGACAACAGCAAUGAAGUGAUCCAACUAUUGCUCAGCACGGAUAACCAACUUGUCGAGAAGAAAACCGGAAGUGACCAAACGGGACUGCAUAUUUUUCUCCAAAAUCGUGACCGUUACAAAAGUAAAAUCGACGAAGCUGUAUAUUUCCUGAUUGAGAAAGCCGGAGUUGACACGAGAGUAGUGGACAAGGAAGGACGCACUGCUUUGUGCAUCGCUUUGGACAGAAACCUGAGUUGCGUCAGAUAUUUACUGAAGGAGGGAAUCGACCUUGGUUUCAAGAAUGUAAAGGGACAGUCACAUUUGCAUUUGGCUGCGGAAUUGUAUGACAUCAAAGCUCUACAAAUUUGGGAAAAUCUUGGUGGUGAUUUGAACUUCAGAGACCAAACAGGCUCAACGGCGAUGCACGUUGCCAUAGAAAAGGGACAUUUCAAGUUUAUGGAGAAGCUCGUAGAACUUGGAGCUGACGUCAACGCCACGAAUUCCAAUGAAGAAACUGCUCUUCACAUUGCAAGUGCAAAAGGAUGUCGGCAUACUGUUGACUGCUUGUUAAAAAAGAUGGCUGACGUCAAUCAGAGAGACGAUAAAGGAAAAACCGCUCUGCAUCACGCAGCUGCCAACUCAGUUUAUCGAUUAGAUCUGGUGAAAAAUCUUCUAAAGCACGGUGCAAGCUUGACUAUGACAGACAACGAAGGAAAGAAUGUGUUGCACCAUGCAAUCGAGUGUAAAAAUGAAAUUGUUCAACCGAGGCAUUGUACGCCACCUCCCAUGGUGAACUUUAAGAGUUCAUUUCAUCAACAGCCGCACUCUCCUUGGUCAAUGACUAAUUUCAGAGACAGAAGCUUUGGGCACACCAGUGCCUAUGAAGACUAUGAUGAAUUUGAAAAUAUGCUUCGUACUGAAGUAAUUUCCAACGAUGACGUAAUCCAUUGGCUUGUGGAUCAGAAUUGCGUUGAUUUGAACGCGAGAAACAACUUGGGCGAAACAUUGCUCAUACUGGCUUUAAAGAAAUUCAGAUGGAAAAUCGUCAGCUUUCUGCUGACCAAAGACGUCGAUGUCAACAUACAAGACGAAAAGGGAAAAACGGCUCUACACCACGCGGCAAAUUCGUUUGAUUUGGAUAGCGUGCGGAGGUUGAUAGAGAAUGGAGCAGACUUGAAGUUGACGGACAAAAAAGGGAAAAAUUCUUUGCACCAUGCGUAUUACGGAACUAUUUUUGAUUUCAUCUUCGAGAAAAACAGGGAUUUGGCGAAAGCAAAGUUGAUAAACGGAAACACAAUUUUGCAUUGGGCCGCAAAACGUGAUAUCGUUAGUAAUUCCCUCUUUUCCUGGCUCAAGGAGCAGAAUGAAGUCGAGUUGAACGCGAGGAAUAAUUUAAACGAAACGGCACUGCUUUUGGCUUGCAAAAGAAAUAAAUCGAACUUUGCUAAGCAGCUGCUGUUAGUUAAAGGAAUAGAAAUGAACUCGAUAGACCUAGAGGGAAGGACCGCUGUGCAUUACGCCGCUCAAUCUAGAGAUUUGGACUUAAUGCGCAAGUUGUUUGAAAAAGGCGCAGACCCUAGUGUGACCGACAUAGAAGGGAAAAAUGUUUUGCACCACGCGAUUGAGGUGUUUGCCACGUUUAUGUUCAUCCAUGAAUUAAACGGUGAUUUGGUCAAACAACGCUUGGAAAACGGAGACACAAUCUUGCAUUUGGCAAUUAGAUCUUCGUGGAAGAAUGACGUCAUCGAUUGGCUCGUGGAGCAACGGCAAGUCGAUCUAAAUUGCACAAACGAUUCAGGAGAAACAGCGCUGCUGCUCGCUUGCAAAUAUAGUAAAUGGGAAUUGGCGAAUUUGCUGCUGUCAAAAAACGUGGAUAUACACGCGAAAGACAGUGUUGAAAAUACGGCUCUGUACUACGCUGAAAAUUCAGAAUGUUUUGAUGGAGAUGUAGUGAGAAAACUGAUCGAUCUCGGUGCGUAAUUAUUACCGAUCCUCAAUUCAUUGUUACAACCCUAGAACGAGAAAUCAUUCCUUCAGUUUGGUUGGCAACACUUUGAUUGUCAAGGUUGUUAUGUCAGAUUCUUAUUUUUAUAAAAUAAAUUUAAGAUUUUCUGUAAUGCUAUUUUCCGCUUUUUCAGUUAAUUAGCAUACUUGUUAUCCUUAAAUGCUUGACAAAAUAAAUUUAACUGUGACA